CCUUCUGGCAGCAUGCCCUCCGUGCUUCAGGGUUUAAAGAUGCUGCCCUGUCUGCUAAUGUCACCAGUUAGACAGAGACGAUAAACAAAGGACACAACAAGGUUGGAUAAGGCCGACGAGGGCCCCUUCUGUCUCCGCGUGGCAACACGUACACCUGUGGACAGGAUGGAGAACGACACUGAAUCCAGAAAGCUGAAUGGCCAGCCUGAGGGUUCCGCAGCCCUUUCAAAACCCAAAGAGAGCAUGCAGCUCAAAAAGGAAAUCUCUCUUCUGAACGGCAUCAGCCUCAUCGUGGGGAACAUGAUUGGCUCCGGCAUAUUUGUGUCGCCAAAGGGUGUUCUGAUCUACAGCGCCUCCUAUGGACUGUCUCUUGUUAUCUGGGUCAUCGGUGGCAUCUUUUCAGUAGUGGGUGCACUCUGUUAUGCAGAGCUGGGCACAACAAUCACUAAGUCUGGUGCCAGCUACGCCUACAUCCUGGAGUCGUUCGGAGGCUUCAUAGCGUUUAUACGUCUAUGGACAUCGCUGCUUAUCAUCGAACCGACAGGCCAAGCUGUAAUUGCCAUAACUUUUGCCAACUACUUGGUUCAGCCGCUCUUCCCCACCUGCGAGCCUCCAUAUUCUGCUUCUCGGCUUAUUGCUGCUGCUUGUAUUUGGAGCCCGUUCCUUUGGUUCUGUGGUGCCUCUCCUCAUAUUCCGGUUUCACUUGGAUACCUUCAGCAGCGUCAUUAGACAUGCCACUCUAAAAGAGGAAAACAUUACAGUUGCCAUGACUGCAAUUAAACUUUUACUGCU